AUGAGUGACCGCGAGGAUACUGAUAUCGAGCCCGCGACAGUGGACAUGUUCCGUGUAGCGCGGGGAUAUGCAAUUUUCCGUCUUGAGAAUAUUGAGGCGUCGGGUUUGGAAGGUUAUGACGAGUCCGACAUUAAAGAUCUGGAAAGAGACUUCCACAACGCGCAGUUACGGAUUUUGCGGGCGUUGUUACCCGCCAAACGGGAAGAAGAGUACGAGGUCACUAAAGAGUUCGAAAACAAAAACUUUAUGCUAUACUACCUGCUGUGGUCAAAGUUAGAUGUCGCCACGCGUGAGGCAUUUGAGUUGCAGCUUGCGUCUAACAAUGACAUCCCGAAGUUCGAAGAGUUAAAGGGUUUUAUUGAAAAGCGGAGUAGGGCUCUGGAGAACUCGAACCUUAGUGGGAACAAUCCCUCUUCUUCGAGUAUUAAACUCGACUCUCUCGUGUUGUCGCCUGUAUGUGCUGAUCAACCUCCACAGCCUGUCGAUUCGUCGGGGUGGUUGCACAUCAGGAAUUUGUCGCUGGCUGAUCCUGACUUCGCCAAGCCCGCCCCGGUGGACCUGUUGCUUAACGCCCAGGUCUUUGUAUCAUCGUUGUUACCUGGUAUACGGCAUGGGGGGCCUGGACAGCCUACCUUGUUGAAAACUAUCUACGGAUGGGUCGUUAUGGAAGGGCUUAUGUGGAAUUCAUGGAUGACUAUGAGUCUCGCGGCCAUCUGGAGUCAGUGGAACCUCCUUCUACCAGUGAAGGCCAUUUCUACUACAUUCCUCACCAUGGAAUUCUGCGCGAUUCUGUCACAACGCCUCUUCGCGUGGUUUUUUGACGCAAGUGCCAAGGACGCCAACGGGUUGUCCUUAAAUAAUAGUCUCCUCGCUGGGCCCAAGCUUCAGACCAACAUCUUCGACCUGCUUAUACGUUUUCGCUGGCACGCCGUGGUCUUCACAGGCGACGUGAAGCAGAUGUAUAGACAGAUUCUGGUUCCUGAAGAAGAUGCUGAGUUUCAGCGCAUCUUAUGGCGACCCUCUGCUGUCGGUCCUGUCCGCGACUACCGCCUCAAAACGGUAACCUACGGGGUCUCUGCCGCACCAUUCCAAGCUCUCCGCACAAUGGCUCAGCUUGCCAGUGAUGCUGCAUCCGAACACCCAGGAGGCUCAGCCGUUCUCGCUCGUGACAUCUACGUCGACGACGUCGUCACUGGCGCGGACUCUGUCGAACGGGCGCGUUCACUCCAGACUGAACUUACGAACAUCUUGUCGUCGGGAGGUUUCCACCUGAGGAAGUGGACCUCCAAUAGUAGUGAGUUCCUGGAGAAUCUCCCGUCUACCGACUUGUACUCGGAGGACUUCAAAAACUUCGAAGAAAUUAGUGACAUUUCUCUCAAAAUAUUGGGCUUGCUUUGGCAACCUCAAUCGGAUUCUUUUCGCUUCCGUGUUGCAUCAACUCCGGACGGCCGAUGUACCAAGCGCACCAUUCUGUCGGAGAUAGCUAGGAUCUUCGAUCCACUGGGUUUUCUUUCGCCCGUAACGUUCCUAGCCAAGUAUCUGAUGCAGCUACUUUGGGUUUCUGGCGUGUCUUGGGACGGAGAUGUCCCGGAAAGCAUCAGGGUAGAAUGGCACGAGUUCAAGACACAGCUAUCGUCAUUAAGCGCUGUAUCUGUGCCUCGCCGUUUAAUUGGAGAAUUCGACAUACUACACCUCCAUGGAUUUUGUGACGCCUCAGAACGUGGCUUCUGUGCCGUCGUCUACUGUCGCACAGUGGAUGCGACCGGUAAGGUCAACGUCCAGCUGGUUUGCGCAAAAUCUAAGGUUGCGCCCCUGCGUAAGUUAACAGUGCCGCGACUUGAAUUGCUUGCAGCGGUACUACUGUCAGACUUGAUGGCUUCGGUCGUGGAAGCUUUGAAGCCUUUUCACUCAGUCGGCCAGGUGUUCGCUUGGUCGGAUUCAAGCGUGACGUUGACAUGGAUCAAGUCUUGUCCAUCCAGAUGGAAGACGUUUGUGGCCAACCGGGUCAGUCAUAUACAGGACAUCAUCCCUCCCGAAUCAUGGCAUCACGUCAGAACUACCGACAACCCAGCGGACUGCGGAUCGCGGGGUUUACUUCCCCACGAUUUGGUCAACCAAACCUGUUGGUGGAACGGGCCAGUUUGGCUCAGCCGUCCUGCUGAAAGCUGGCCUAAGUCGGCGCUAGAGCCAGAGAGGGAUAUUCUCCAUGACGAGGAGAGGAUUACGGUUCUUGUAGUGUCUAACGACAGCUCACUACUUGAGUCCUUGAUGGAGCGGUUCUCGUCGCUACGGACGCUUCAACGUAUCAUAGCGUAUUGUCGCCGCUUCGCAAAUAAUGCGAAGAACCAAAAGGUGCCCAGCAAAUUGUUGAGCGGGCCUCUAACACCUCCCGAGAUCCAGCAAGGACUCUUGGUUCUCGUGCGUUGCGUGCAACAGCAUAGCUUCGCGGAGGAAGCGGAGAAAAUUUCGAAUAACCUAUCGAACUCUCUUCCUAAAGCUUUUAGAAAAUUGGCCCCAUUCAUGGAUGACGCGGGUCUCCUUAGGGUGGGCGGCCGCUUGUCCCGAGCUUCUCUCGAUUUCGACGUGAAGCAUCCAUUGCUUCUACCUCGCGACCAUCGUUUGACCUUUCUUCUUAUAGACGAAUAUCACAAGCGGUUCAUGCACCCAGGGGUUCAAACCCUCCACAAUCUGCUAGCGCAACACUUUUGGAUUAUGAGUCCAAAACGAGCUAUUUAUGCGGUCGUAUCGAAGUGUUUGAGGUGCUUUCGGGUGCGCCCACUGGGUGCCCCAGCGCCGUUCAUGGGGGAUCUGCCUUCCUAUCGAAUAAACCAGCUUAAGGCUUUCUCUAGCGCAGCAGUCGACUUUGGAGGGCCUUUUGACAUCGCCCUCGGCCGUGGACGCGGUCGCAAUAAUAAGACUUAUAAGGGCUACGUCUGCGUCUUUGUCUGCACUGCGACAAAGGCGGUCCACAUCGAGCUCGCCACGGAAUUGUCAUCAGACGCAUUCUUGGCCGCACUUCGGCGGUUUGUGUCGCGUCGUGGUCGAUGCUGUCGUCUAGUGUCCGACCAAGGGAAAAACUUCGUCGGUGCAAGCAACAUCCUCCAACGGCUAGUGAAGGACGCUGCUACACACGAUGGCAUCAGGUUUGAAUUCAACCCGCCGGGUAGCCCACACUUCUCAGGCCUUGCUGAAGCUGGGAUCAAGGCGGUGAAAACACACUUGUCGCGUGUCAUCGGCAAUCAGCGGCUGACCUAUGAGGAAUUCUCGACGGUCUUGAGCCAAGUUGAAGCUCUGCUCAACUCAAGGCCACUCACUCCUCUCAGCUCUGAUCCAAAAGACCUGUCAGACGUUCGUGUCGGCCCUCUCCAACGCUGGAAGUUGCUACAGAAGAUGCACCAGGACUUCUGGAGCAAGUGGUCGAAGGAGUAUAUGCAUACUCUCCAGCAGAGGAUGAAGUGGCACGACAAACAUCCUAACGUCCAAGUCGGCACGCUCGUGCUCGUUGUAAACGAGCAAACGAGUCCAAUGAAGUGGCCCUUGGGCCGCAUCAUUGACACACACCCCGGAUCUGACGGGAUCUGUCGUGUGGUCACUGUGCGCACUGCCACAGGACUGUACAAGCGGCCUGUGGUCAAGUUGUGCCCAAUACCGCUGUGA